UUACCGUGCCCAUAGCUUAUAAAAGUUCUUGCGGCCUUCUUUUAGGUGUACACUGACACCAAUAAGCAUUCACGAUGGAAUUUCUUCUAGUUGCUUUGCUUUUCGUGAGUGGCUUAAGCAGUGUAAUCAAUGGGCAAACAGUUGGUACACUUCCACGCCUGAUUGGUGAAAUUAGCGCUUCAGCUCCUGCCUUUGCCGACAUUCACGAAUCCAGUGACAGCUCACUGCCUUAUGCAGAUAGAUUUACGCUUUAUGUGUCAACAUUCAAACCAUUUCAGCUCAAGACAGAUCCAGUUCUUUUUUUGCGUUCACCUGGAAGAUAUUUGUAUGAUACCACCAACUGGCCGAUUGAGAUUCUAGCGGAUAGCGCCCUUUGGCCUAAUAACCCAGACCUUCUACCAAAAUCUGUUGUUGAUGGCUAUGAAGGAAUUGUUCAGACCUCUGGAUUUUUGGUACCCGGAAAAACUAAAGGGCAACUUCAGCUAUACAACAUGAAUGCAGCUAUUCCAGCUGAUACAGAAAUCAACAUCGCCAGCAGUGAUAUUAAGGACUAUUCGUAUCAUCGUGUUAUCUGGAAGGAUAUGGACGGCGAUGGUGAUUUAGACGCUGUAACAGCUCGUUUUCACAAUACUGCGGAAGAACAAAAUUUUCUUUGGCUGGAAAAUCCAGGCCAAGCCGUUCCAGGCUGGACCCAGCACGUCAUAUACAACCAAGGGCCUGAUGUUCACUUUCGUAACAUAUUGCUAAAUUCUUCUGGCCUUCCCUUUGACUGCUUCAUAGCCGGUGAACUUUGGAAUAAGCGCGCUACGCUAUACUGCAUACCGCUUGGAGCCAACAAUGGCUGGAAUAAUCCUGAAAAUAUUCAAAUGAGAAUCAUUGAUGAUACCGUAGGUCAAACAUUCGACCUGCUACUUGAAGACUUCGAUAAUGAUGGACGUAUUGAUUUCCUGCUAACAUCAUUUGAUGAUAGAUUCGGAGUUAAAUCCGGCAGUGUUUAUAUUUACGAAAUUCCUGAUGACCUUUUUGCUGGCACCUGGGUUCGCCAUAUCAUCGCUGAUAACUUCAUUCCUGACGGAGCUAACACGAUGUCUCCUGGAACACCACAAUCUUUUUAUCCUAGCGCUGACUAUGCCAAUGAAAUUCUUCCGGAUGGCAGGAACCACCGCAAGUGGAUUCUCGUUAGUGGAGAUGAUGACGGUAAAAUUUACAUUCUGCGACCGAAAACUGAAGCAGCUAAUGACUUCUCACCCUACGAAAAAACUGUGCUUAUAGAUACAAAUGCCCAAACAGCAGGAAAACCAGCAAUAGGCGAUUUGGAUGGAGAUGGUUAUACCGAUUUCGUAGCUCCCGGCUAUUCCGCUAAUAAACUUUAUGUAUUUACAUAUGCUCCAUUGCUUUAAAAACCCAUCCAGAGCAAAACUAUUGCCAGGAAUUUUUGGAAAUCCUGUGUAAAUUUAUAUGUUGAAUAAAGAAAAU